UUCUACUAACUACUUCUAGUUUUACAUUUACGCUGCCCUUGUCAAUUUGUUCACUGAUUUCUACCGGAAAUAUUGUUAAAUUCAAGGUAUGAUGGAGGUGGAUGGAAUGACGAUUCUAGGCUAUGUUUUGGCCGUGAUGGGCUCAGUGGCGUUUAUACCACAGAUUCAGACUAUAUUGAAAUCUAAAAGUGGGGAGGGCUUGGAUCUUGUCAUGUUCUCUAUAGCUGACUUCGUGACGGCUCUUGUGACUUCUCUUUGUAUUAAAUCAGGACUAGACAUCAGCAACUGGGCGGAAGUGAUAGUAACGAACAUCCAAGUGUUCACAAUCCACGCUCUAGCCCGCUACUACCUAAACCAACCGAAACAGCUGUCCCUCCUUUUCGGAGCAAAGCUUCUGUACAUCGCCGUCCUAACAGUAGCACCCCUCUCCUGGAUUAAGAUUGUGAUGAACUGCCUGCUACCAGUGGUGCUAUUUGAACGAGGAGGUGCUGUGUACAAGCACUACAAGAAUAAGUCAACAGGGCAGCUGUCUGGGGCUACUCUUUUUCUGCAGUGGGCUCAGAUCUCCGGCAGGAUCUUCACAUCGGUCAUGUCAGGGGCUGAAACUGAUUUCAUUGCUCCAAUGGUGCUGCAAUGCUUCUUUGGGACCAUUAUUCUCGGACAGUGGUUGUUGUACAGAUCAGCGAAAGAUGAAAAGACAGAGUAAGGCCAAGUUGGGGACUUUUAUUUAAUGUGAAACUUGGUGAAAA